AUGCGUCUUACCAUUGUCGCUCUCUUCUCGGUCCUGGCGGCCUCUGCCUACGGCGCCAACGUCGACACGGCCGCCCUCAACGCCGCCAUCAAGACGCCUCAGGGUGCUGCCGACAUUGUCGGCACCAUCGUCAAGCACCUUGAGGAGACGGCCGCGGACCCCAAGCGUGCCAACGAGGGCUGGGCCGUCUACGACGCCCAGUUCCUUCCCCAGCUCAAGGACCUCCAGGCCACCCCUAAGAAGGCCCAGUCGACCCUCGACAAGCUCUCCAAGGAGGCCGCCGCCGCCCAGAAGAAGACCCAGAAGCGUGACGACGCCAAGGUCGACGUCCCGGCCCUCAAGAAGGCCGUUGCCGACGAGGCCGGUGCCGUCAACGUCAUCAACUCGGUCAUCGCCGGCAUCCAGUCGUCGUCGGUCGUCGUCCGCCGUGACGAGAAGGCUGCCGCUUGGGCUGCUUACGACCAGAAGUUCCUCCCGGAGCUUUCGAACCUCCAGCAGAACGCCAAGAAGGCCAAGUCGACCCUUGACAAGCUCGUCAAGGAGUUCGAGGCUGGCAACAAGUAA